AUGGCCCUGAGCCCAGAGCCUGCGAGCAGCUUCCCCACACCCGAGUCCCCCCGCGGCCCCAAUGCAUCGCUCAACAGCUCGUGGGCCAGCCCCGCGGAGCCCGGCGCGCCAGAGGACCUGGUGGCCACGGGCGCCAUCGGGGCGGUGCUCCUGGCCAUGGGCGUGCUGGGCGUGGCGGGCAACGCCUACGUGCUGGUGGUCACCUGCCGCUUCCUGCGCGCCUCGGCCUCGCUGCACGUCUAUGUCGUCAGCCUGGCGCUGGCCGACCUGCUCUACCUGCUCAGCAUCCCCUUCGUGGUGACCACCUACGUCACCAGGGAGUGGCACUUCGGGGACGCGGGCUGCCGGGUGCUCUUCAGCCUGGACUUCCUGACCAUGCACGCCAGCGUCUUCACGCUGACUGUCAUGAGCCGCGAGCGCUGCGCCGCGGUGCGGAGGCCACUGGCCACCGCGCGGCGCUCCAAGGGCUACCGCAAGGGCCUGGCGCUGGCCAUGUGGCUGCUGGCGCUGCUGCUGGCACUGCCCAUGAUGCUGGCCAUCCGGCUGGUCCCCAGGGGCCACAAGAGCCUCUGCCUGCCCGCCUGGGGCCAGAGCACCCACCGUGCCUACCUGACGCUGCUCUUCGGGACCAGCAUCGUCGGGCCCGGCGUGGCCAUCGGGCUGCUCUACCUGCGCCUGGCCCGGGCCUACUGGCUGUCGCAGCGGGCCUCCUUCCCGCAGACGCGGCGGCUGCCCAACCCCAGGGUGGUGCGCCUCAUCCUGGGCACUGUGCUGCUCUUCUGGGCCUGCUUCCUGCCCUUCUGGCUGUGGCAGCUGCUGGGCCAGUACUGCGGGGCCCAGCUGCUCACACCCCGCACCUCCCGCAUCAUCAACUACCUGACCACCUGCCUCACCUACGGCAACAGCUGCGUCAACCCCUUCCUCUACACACUGCUCACCCAGAACUACCGCGACUUCCGCCGGCGCCCGCCCCGCCGCAGGCGCGCCCCUGGGCUCACAGGCGGCCAAGCCCUCCCGCAGCGCCCCGCCUGCUCCCAGGCCUCAGGCCGCUCACUGUCCUCCAGCAGCCUGCAGGCUACCAAGCCCAUCAGCCUGUCCCAGGAGGCCCCAGGGGCGUCCUCAGAUGAGCAUCCUGGUCUCCAGGUGGGCCCUGGGGUGGGGUGGCCGUAG